AUGACGACCCAUAAGAAAUCUACUGGCGCACGGCGUGGCCCAUCACGAACUCCUAAGAAAAACCCUUGGAGUGAAGAGCAAUUGACCACCAGCACUAGUUCGCGUAUCAUUGAUAUUGAUCUGGUUAAACUACUAGCUGACCCCAAAGCAUGGACUUGUCUGGACGAAGAUGAGAAGAAAGAGAUCAUAGCUCUGCUUCCGGAUGAUAUACAGCAACAUGCUGAUCCCGGCCCAAAUGCCGAAGGUCAAGAAGACCCCCGUAACUUUAUUAUCCCACCGCUUCCUGAAUCCUUUGUCCGCUAUUCCAAUAGCUGGCGGGAUGCAGUUCGCCAAUUCCAGUUCGACCUACAGACUGGAAGGUAUGAUCCAGAAUGGCAACGCCAGGCGGCGGCGGCUAUGGAGGAGAGAGCUCAGGGGAAGUACGAUAAAUUCAAGGAGGAGCAAUUCGAGGAGUUCUGGGGACAGAAACAGAAGCUUGAUAGUGAUGUUAUUGCGGGGAAAAGUAGUACGGUCAAGCUGGGGACUUUGGUUGAAAAUGGUGUCGUGAGGGUUGGCGAUGUCUGGAGAUACUCGAGGUGUUUUAGGAAGGGGGAUGAGAAACUUCUUCUGGAGAAGGAGGUUCGGAUUGUAGACAGAGACGGCUGUACACUCACUUUCGCAAUUCCUCCGGGUCGACGUGUAUUUCUAUAUAACUCUUCUGAAGUCGACCAAAAAUUUACAAACCAAGACUCUCAACCUAUUUCCGAUAAGCAGUCUUCUGGUGAACCCGUACGGAGUCCAGCUUUUGUCUGUGUGAAUACGCCAGGAAACUCUUUGAACCUAACCGUUGAACCGAAACCCGUAAAUAUCGAUUACGUCAAGUAUGGCAUGAUGCUUCCGGGAAUCCAUCAGAUGGCUUCCGCCGAUGCCAGCUUAGAGUUGUCAUCAGCAAGAGAGAUGGCCCCUCCUCCAUAUUUGAAAGAUGAGACUCAACUUCCAGCAACUACCGCAACGAACAUUGGAACUGCUGCCAGUGAGCCGAUGGUUGAAGCCGUACCGAAGGAGACGUCGUUAAAUGAAACUCCUGGCCUGGAACUUUCGAGCCAGCAGCCGUCCCGCGUACCCAAGUUGUUAUAUUCUGGUGACUGUGCUACUGACUCUAAUUCGGAGGCCGCAGCCAAUGAUAAACAACCGAAGGGUUCAAUGGAGCCAGCUCUACCCAGUUCUCACCCUAAUGGAAUCGCCGCUAUCGCUUGCAGCACAGUGGAAGCUAACAGCACUGUUGGAGCUUCAGAUGAAACAAUAGCGGAAGCCACAGGCGAAGCCGCAACAGACACUGCGCCAGAACCUACAUCGGGGCAAACACAAGAAUCCAUCCCAAAAGACAUAAUAUUCAGUGGAGUCUCCGGACCCGGUCGCCUUGCUAACAAGAUCCUACAAAUCGACGGGCGUAUUACUGAGCCUCCCAACGGAAAUGCCUGGAAAGAGUUCCGUUGUUUCAGAAAUAACCAAGACAUGGGAAGUUUGUGGGAAUGCAGGCAGUCGUGGUUCGUGAAAGGGAAAUAA